CCUGAGAGAAGAUAUACAUGAAUAUAAUUUGUGUGUUAUCAUGUCAACUACACAACACACUUAACCAGCCAAAGAAAUGACUGGAACUAGGACAGAUUUCAAAACGGCUUUGGAAAAUGGAGAUACUAUUCUGGUUGCGGAGGGAUAUGUUAGAGAAUUUGGAAGAAGGGGUUAUCUUAAGAUGGGACCUUUUAUACCCGAAGUUGUAUUAGAUUACCCACAUCUUGUUCAGAAUAUGUACGAGGAAUUUGCACAUGCCGGAUCUGAUGUUGUUGAAGCCUUAACGUACUAUGGCCAUAGAGAGAAAUUAAGACUCAUCGGAAGAGAAGACGAAUUGGAAAAGUUAAAUCGAAGUGCUUUAAAGAUGGCCCGAAAAGUUGCAGACGAUCAUAACAAAUGGAUGGCGGCUGGUAUUUGUAAUUCAGCUGUUUAUGAACCAGACGAUGAAAAAGCCCGUAGUGAAACAAAGCAGAUCUUUCAGGAACAGAUAGAAUGGGCCGUGGAAGAAAAUGCUGACUAUAUAAUCGGCGAAACGUUCAAUGACUAUGGAGAAGCUGCCUUAGCUCUUCAAUCAAUACAGGAAUUUGGUAAAGGUCUACCCGCCGUAAUAACACUGACAGCUUACUUCCCUGACGUUACAACAGACAAUGUCCCAUUACCAGAAGCUUGCAGACGUUUAGAAGAACAUGGUGCUGCAGUUGUAGGUUUGAACUGCGGUAGAGGUCCUAGGACAAUGAUUCCGUUAAUUAAAGAAAUAAAGAAAGUGUGUAAAGGCCCUAUUGCUGCUUUACCUGUUCCCUUCAGAACGACCGAUGAAUGUAAAACAUUUCAAUCUCUUAAAGACCCAGAAACUGGGAAACCUGUUUACCCUAACGAUUUAGAGUGCGUGCGUUGCAGUAACAGCGAUAUUAGAUAUUUUGCCGAAGAGGCCAAAGAAAUAGGUAUCAAGUAUGUAGGUCUCUGUUGCGGUAAUUGUGGACAGUAUUUUAGGGAACUUGCUGAGGCCUUUGGGAGACGUCCACUAGCAUCAAAAUAUUCUACUGAUAUGAAGAAAAAUCAGUUUUUAGGAGCAACAAAAGGAAAUGUUAACACUGCAAGAGCAGAUUUGAUUCGGGAUUUUGUCUAUGGAAAUUAUAGACAUGAAAACUGCUGACAGCUGAUAGAUCAUUUCUAGCAUCAAAAUUAAACCAAUCCUACAAGUCUUAA